GUAACGUGAUCAGUAAGAGUGAUGUAAAGUCACUGGCUGAGGCUGACGAGCAGGAGGUUGUGGCGGAAGUUCAGGAGUUCUACGGAGAUUACAUUGCCGUGAAUCCACAUGUGUUUUCCCUCAACCUCCUGGGCUGCUGCCAGGGUCGCAGCUGGGAUCUGGCCCAGCUGUCCAGAACAGCCCAAGGGCUGACUGCUUUGCUCCUGUCUCUGAAGAAGUGCCCCAUGAUUCGUUACCAGCUCUCCUCUGAACCUGCAAAGAGGCUCGCUGAAUGCGUCAAGCAAGUGAUUACUAAAGAAUACGAGCUGUUUGAUUUCCGGCGCACUGAAGUUCCUCCGUUACUGCUUAUUCUGGACCGGUCUGAUGAUGCCAUCACCCCACUUCUGAACCAGUGGACGUACCAGGCCAUGGUCCAUGAGCUACUGGGUAUUAACAACAACCGAAUUGACCUCUCUCGAGUACCCGGCAUCAGCAAGGAUCUCAGGGAGGUGGUUCUGUCUGCUGAGAACGACGAGUUUUACGCCAACAACAUGUACCUGAACUUUGCAGAGAUCGGGAGCAAUAUCAAGAACCUAAUGGAGGAUUUCCAGCGGAGGAAACCGAAGGAGCAGCAGAAGCUGGAGUCCAUAGCUGACAUGAAGGCGUUUGUGGAGAACUACCCGCAGUUCAAGAAGAUGUCGGGCACGGUAUCGAAGCACGUGACUGUGGUGGGGGAGCUCUCCCGGCUGGCCAGCGAGCGGAACCUGCUGGAGGUGUCGGAGGUCGAGCAGGAACUGGCCUGCCAGAAUGACCACUCCAGUGCUCACCAGAACGUGCGGCGGCUCCUGCAGAAUCCCAAGGUGACCGAGUUCGAUGCCACGCGGCUUGUGAUGCUCUACGCCCUGCACUAUGAGCGACACAGCAGCAACAGCCUGCCCGGCCUGAUGAUGGACCUCAAGAACAAAGGGGUUUCAGAGAAGUAUCGGAAGCUGGUGUCAGCGGUUGUGGAAUACGGUGGGAAGCGGGUCCGGGGCAGCGAUCUCUUCAGUCCCAAGGAUGCUGUCGCCAUCACCAAGCAGUUCCUCAAAGGACUGAAGGGCGUUGAGAACGUGUAUACGCAGCAUCAGCCCUUCCUGCACGAGACUCUAGAUCAGCUCAUCAAAGGAAAACUUAAGGAUGGCCAGUACCCCUACCUGGGUCCCAGCACGCUCCGGGACAGGCCUCAAGAUAUUAUUGUGUUUAUCAUUGGAGGAGCAACCUAUGAAGAGGCAUUAACUGUGUAUAACCUUAACCGCACCACCCCUGGGGUCCGGAUCGUGUUGGGCGGGACCACCAUCCACAACACGAAAAGCUUCCUCGAGGAAAUUUCAGCCUCUGGGUUCCGCGGCCGGGGCGCCGAGAGCUCUCACGUUACAGCGAGAGCGAGCAGCAGGCGAUGAAUGCAGGGGGCCGCUGCCGCUUCCCAUCUGGAGCUCCCACAGACUGACCAGGCGGCGGCGGAGCAGCGCUGGGUGCUCCCACGAUCCGUCCUGCAGCCGGACGACAUGCAAGAUGGCCUCUGACUCGAUGCGCUGUGCUGUGCCCGAAGUCCCAGCAUCCUCGGCGUUACCUUCCUGCUCAGCUCUUUAAUGGGGCGCGGUGGAAUGAACCGCAGGAAGGUGGCGGAAUCGUAGAUCCCGGGAAAAUGUUACCUCUGGGUGCCCGGUGCCUUUGAAAACCCAGCUACUUCCAUGUCUCUUCGUAACCAUAACUGGCCUGCCCAGAAUCUCCAGUUUCCUGCGUCUGUUGGUCCCUCCAGGUAAAGGCUGGAUGGGCUCUUGCAGCCUCUGGCUCUAUUUAAUUGUCUGCAGCCCAGCUCCUCACCGAUAACUUUCAGGGUCUGGGCCUGUAUGUUUGGAAGUUCAUUAAACGUCCCACUCUGACCAGCUCUUAUAUUUUAAAUGAUUCCAGAUAUUUGUCCUCUCACCUCCCCCACCCCACCUUUUAUAAUUUCCACCAAACUAGCUACUUUCCUGCCUGGCCCCGUUCUCGAGCCCCUGCGUCCAUGGGGGAAGAGAGCAGCACAGGCCCUGUACUCCUUCCCCCUUUCUGUUCCCGUGUUGUGAUUGGGAAAAGUUUGUGUGACACUAAUAAAAAUAAAAUUCGGUUUUCUGGCAGAAA